AUGGCGACGAGAUUACGACCUGCUGGAUCAGCUCUCAGACAGACUGCGACUUUGAGAUCGCAACGGAUAUGCAGCAGACCAGUCAAUGGUGUGAGGUGUUUGACCUCUGGCACUUACCGUGUGCCGAAGCCUUUCAAUGAGCCAAAUCUCGAAUUCGCACCCAACUCACCAGAGCGAACAAAGCUCUCCAGGGCACUAGAAGAGCUCCGAGCACAACUCCCCGUCAAGGUCCCAGCGAUCGGUGGAAAGAAUGCACAGGUGUCGGCAAACCAGUCACUCACGUCCAUGGUGAUGCCUGCCGAGCACAAGUCGUCAUUCCAAGAGUUCGCCUCAGCAUCCAAGGAGGAUGUCAACAAGGCGAUCGAGUCCGCGUUGAAGGCGAAGAAGACCUGGCAGGAAAUGCCCUUCACAGACCGUGCCUCCAUCUUUCUGCGAGCGGCCGACUUGGUGUCUGGCAAAUACCGCUUCCAGCUUCUUGCAGCUACCAUGCUCGGCCAGGGAAAGAACGCAUGGCAGGCUGAGAUCGAUGCGGCUGCAGAGUUGGCAGAUUUCUACCGGUAUAAUGUUGGUUUUGCUCAAGAGAUUUACGACAAGCAACCGACCGUGAACGCUCAGAGCCACCACGGACGAACAGACUGGCGGCCGCUCGAGGGUUUCGUCUACGCUGUCUCUCCGUUCAACUUCACUGCCAUUGGUGGUAACCUCGUCUCGGCACCUGCGCUGAUGGGCAACGUCGUUGUGUGGAAGCCAGCUCCAAUGAACGCCUACGCCAGUCAUCUUGUGCACCAGAUCCUGCUAGAGGCCGGUCUUCCAGAGGGUGUCAUUCAGAUCGUCCACGGCGACGCCGAGACCAUCACCAACACCGUCUUUGAUCACCGCGAGUUCUCGGCCCUGGCAUUCAUCGGCUCUUCUGAUGUCUUCCGUUCUCUGAACGUCAAAGCCGCUCAAGGCCUCGCAGAGAAGAGGUACCGCGAUUUCCCGCGGAUGAUGGGCGAGACCUCUGGCAAGAACUUCCACCUCCUUCAUCCUUCAGCCGAUGUUGUCAACGCAGCCAAGCACACAGUCCGAGCAUCGUUCGAGUACGCCGGCCAGAAGUGCUCUGCAUGCUCCCGUAUCUACAUCCCCGAGAGCCGCGCCGAUGAGUUCUUCACUCAAAUCAAGAAAGAACUCGCCCGUGUCAAGGUCGGUCCUCCAGAGGAUUAUCAAUCGUUCACAGGUCCCGUCAUCAACAAGAAGGCUUUCGACCGCAUCACCGCCGCCAUCGAUUCCGCCAACGCCGACAGCAAGCUCGAGAAAGUCGUCGGUGGCACCUACGAUAGCUCCACGGGCUGGUACAUCGACCCAACCAUCUACAAGACCUCCAACCCAGACCACGAACUCUUCGACAAAGAACUCUUCGGCCCCGUCCUCGUCGCCUACGUGUACCCCGACGCCGAAUUCGAAAAGACGCUCGACAUCGUCGACAAGCAAGGAGGCGGCUUCGCUUUGACCGGCAACAUCUUCUCCAACGACCAGCAGGCGGUCAGACUAGCGGAAGACAAGCUGCGAUACGCAGCCGGAAACUUCUACAUCAACUGCAAGAUCACGGCGGCGGUGAUCGGACAGCAAUCGUUCGGUGGCUCGAGGAUGAGCGGUACUUGUGACAAGGCGGGAAGCGCGGGGCUCAUGCAGAGGUUUACCGCGCCGAGGACGCUGAAGGAGGAGUAUAACAAGUUGGAUGAGGUUUUGUAUCCUAGUAAUUUGUGA